AUGGUGUCUCUUGGGCUGUUUUUGUACCGGGUGCGGAAGCACCCCCUCGUGGCCAUCAUGGUGCCAGCGGCCACGCUGAUCUUUGUCAUUUUGCUGCUGGUCAACAGGGACAGGAACAUCCUGGGGAUUGACGCGUCCAGUUUGGUCAAUCACAAGUGGGCACAUGAGCUGGAGAAGACGUGGUACUUUCCCUUCACGAAAAACUUCAAGAUGCCGAAGUACUCAUACAAGGAGCAGCACAACUGGCUGUUCAACGACCAUGUGGACGACAUCAUCCCGGAGAACCACAUCGCACACUACGACUUGAACAAGUUACACUCGACGAAGCAGGCCGCGGUUAACAAGGAGCGCGUGUUGAUCUUGACGCCGAUGCAAACCUUCCACGAGCAGUACUGGGAUAACAUCUUGCACAUGACGUACCCGCGGGAGUUGAUCGAGUUGGGGUUCAUCGCGCCACGGACGCCGACUGGUGACGCGGCGUUGAAGAAACUUGAGGCCGCCAUCAAGAAGAUCCAAUCGGGCAAGAAGAACGAGCGGUUUGCCAAGAUCAUCAUCCUGAGACAGGAGUCGCAGAGUUUCGAUAUGUUGGCGGAGAAGGAUAGGCAUGCGCUUGCGGUUCAGAAGCAGCGGCGGUCCGCGAUGGCGCUUGCGAGAAACGAGCUUCUGUUCUCCACGCUGGGCCCACACACGUCGUGGGUCCUUUGGUUGGAUGCGGACAUUGUUGAGACACCACCAACGGUGAUUCAGGACCUGGCCGCACACGACAAGCCCGUGCUUGCUGCGAACGUGUACCAGAGGUUCUUUAACGACGAAUUGAGCAAGGCAGAUAUCAGACCAUACGACUUCAACAACUGGCAAGAGAGUGAGACGGGGCUUGAGUUGGCAAACUCGCUGCCGGCAGAUGAGAUUAUCGUCGAAGGGUACGCGGAGAUGGCGACAUUCCGGCCACUGAUGGCACACUUCUUCGACGAAUCCAAGCCUGUGUCCGAGGAGAUGGCGCUGGAUGGUGUAGGUGGCGGGUGUACGUUGGUCAAAGCGGAGGUUCACCGUGACGGUGCCAUGUUCCCCAAUUUCCCCUUCUACCACCUCAUCGAGACGGAAGGGUUUGCCAAGAUGGCGAAGAGACUGGGCUACGAGGUGUUUGGACUGCCAAACUACUUAGUAUACCAUAUCGAGGAGUUCAAUAAAUAG